AUGACGACACCCCCCGUCCCUCCUCUCGUCCCUCCCCCCGCACCGACAACAGCAGCACCGCCGUGGAUCCUCCCCAGCGCGCUGCUCACCUUCGCCGUCGCCGCCGUCGCCGUGCUGCUCGCGUACCACCUCACGUUCCGCCGGGGGAUCGACGUCGAGCCGCCGCUGGAGUCGCCGCUGGCUUCGCCGCUGGAGUCGUUGCUGGAGUCACCGCUGGAGUCGCCAAUGCAGUCGCCAAUGGAGCCGCCGCCGCCGCCGCCGCCGCCGCCAUCGGAGGAUGACGAUGACGAUGACGACGACGAUGACGAUGAGGAUGAUAAGGAGGAGGAGGAGGAAGAAGAAAAACAAGAGGAAAAAGAGGCAGACCGUCCGCCGCCGUGGUUGCCAUCUGCGGCGCCGUUGUCAUCCGCGCCGUUGUCAUAUGCGCCGCUGUCAUCUGCGCCGUUAUCACCUGCGCCGCUGCCGCCGUGGCCGUCGUCGUUCCCGACCACCGAUUCGAAACAGGGCCCGCCGAUAGCGUUCGUCCGCAAUGGUCGCGUCUUUUCUUCCCGGCCAGAAGAAAACGUCAGCGGCGGUGGCGGCGACAGCAGCAGCAGCAACAACGAGCCUUUAUGGCGAGCACUCGCAGGCGGCCGGGGUAAUGCGAUCGUGCCGCCGAUAAGGGCGACGAGGCUGGCGAAGGACUUGCGGCGGGAGUGGAGGUGGAAGCAGGACAGCAGCGACAACAAGAACAACAACGGCGACGACGACGAUGACGACGACGACGAGACGUCGAAGCUUCUACCGGGGACGCCUACUCCGUCGGGCAUUGGCAAGGCGAACGGUUCUCCGACGACGACGACGACGAAGACGACGACAAGCGGGUCUUUGCCUUGGGCUGCUCGGGAAAACGGCAUGCCCUGGAUUCGGGCUCAGCGGCCGAGGGAUGGAAGGAGGACGAGGGCGGUGCCCAGCGUCGAGCGCGUGGAGCCACCGUGGCGGCAGGGAAACGCCGCCGCGAUGGGAGACGGUGAUGCUUUCGGUCGAUGGAGUGAGCACGGGAGGAGGUCGGGGCUGCCGUACCGUGGAUACGUGGGCGAUGGUGGUGGCUAUCUGGAUCAGAUCUCGGGCACCUUGGAUCUGGUGGUCGAUAAGUUGACGAUGCAUUUCGGGGACGAUGGCGGCGAGGAAGACUUGGUGUUUCCGAUUACGGAGGAAGAAAGGGGAAGCUAG